GUAGGUGUAGACUACGUGGUUGGGGACCGCGAGAUGAUAGCAACCGAUGGUUAGAGACCCUGAAUGACAUGGCUCAAAAUCGUUUACAAUGGCGCAGGUGCAUCCACUCUUUGUGCUCUCCCAAAUUCUAAUCUUCUGAAUUCUUCAUGUCUCUUUCUUUUUCCUCUUUCCAAAUUUAUUUCACUGGAUUAUGCUCUUUAAAUAACACCUCCAAACCCUAAUUUUUCUGAUUACAGCUUUUAAUUUUACUACAUGUAGCACUACGGGAUUUGAAUCGACCACUGCAUCUCUAUGCUAAUGUGGUGUGGCAACUCGAACUGAUGUACGUGCGUACGAAUUUCUACGUUGUUACUGACUGACUAUAAGUGAGCAGAAACUUUUGGAAAAUCUAGCCGGUUUUUCCUAAUAUCAAAAACAUAGUCUACUUAGGGGAGUUGGAAAAUCCAGUCCAACAAGUUAUAUGGGCUGCAUUAUUCUAAAGAGACAGAUGGCGUGGAAACUUAUUUUGAUAACCGGAUACCAUGGAUUAAAUCCUCAGAUUGAAGGUUCAGGAAGUGGUCUUCGAAGAAAGUCACCUACGAUUUGGGAAUCCGAGUGGCUUCUCAACCUUCCCUCUGCAUAUAUACAUGCAUUUACUUUUCUUUAUUUGCAACACAUUGAUUCUGGUACAUUUGGACACGAAAUAAAUCAUGCCACACAAAUGAAGUGAAGAACUUCAGAAGAGAAGGGAAGCAAAAUAAGUAAAUAAACGGACAAGAUUAAUAGAUACAGUUUGGUUUAAAAUGCAGAUAAGAAAGUUUUCAUACAGUUAAAGGAAUUAGACUCCCUUUUAUGAAGAAUGUAAUAGGACACUACAGUAAGAUUUCCAUACUGAUGUACACUAAUUGCUAACUGAUUAAUUACUGUUUAGAUAGUAUGUACAUCGUCAGAAGGUAAAACAAUCUUAGCUGCCCACUCAAGGUCAGAGAGUCUUCUUUCAGAGGUGUUCCCGGAAUUUCAUCUGCGAUAAGUUAAAGAGGAAGGAGAUAUUUGAACUAUGGAGAGACGUAAUUGUAUAACAUCACUCUGUCUGAGGCUGUUUUAUGCAGAUUUUUAGAGAUGUUAGCACACAUAUAUUGAUCAUUUUAUCAUUUCCUAAUUUUUUCAAGGUUAUUCAAGAGAUUGGUUAUAAUUGCUCUGCAGACAUUUGGUCAUUAGGUAUAACUGCUAUUGAAAUGGCCGAUGGUAAACCUCCAUUAGCUGAUAUUCAUCCUAUGCGUGCACUGUUUAUGAUCCCGAGUCAGCCUGCUCCAGCUUUACGUAAACCUAGCAAUUGGUCAUUGGAAUUUCGUGCAUUUAUUGCAGCAUGUUUGGCGAAAUCACCUGAAGCGCGUCCUACGGCAGCAGCUUUACUACAAACUGAAUUUAUCCGUAAUGCAAAACCUUGUUCAAUAUUAUUACAACUAAUUAAUGAAGCCAACGAAGCGAGAGAAAGACGUCUUCUACAACAACAACAACAACAAACAUCUACGCCUGAUACACCGAUUUCCGAUGUUAAACGACGUCAUUCAGUAAUGAAUAAAAUUGAUGAAAAUCAAGUUAAAUCUAAACAAAAUCAAUUAUCUCAAGAUGAUGUUGAUGAUAAUUUACAUACAAUGGUUCGUUCAAAUUCAACAUCUAGUCGAACUGCGAACAAUAAUAUUAACUGUAAUAAUAAUAAUGAAUCUGGUUUGGAUAUUGAUGGUGCGGCAACUUUAGUUUCAUUAUGCUCAAACGAAGAUCGCACAAAUCAUCAUAAUGACGGUGAUGAUGAUGAUGAUGACGAUGACAAUGGUAGUUUUAUACGUCAUCACGAUGAUGAAACAAAUGUCAAUAAUGCCUAUAUAUCUUCCGGUAAUCUUGAUACAAUGGUUGUCAAUGAUGGCGGGGAAAGUGAAGAAGAUAGUGGUUCUGUUGUGGUACAUGAUACAACUGGUGGUUCGUCCGAUGGACUAGAUGAUGCAGAACGCGAUCAACGUGAAGCUUUCGAAUUACUAGACGCUGCUCUCCCACCGGCUGUGCCUACUGAAGGUACACUAACUAGGAGAAUUGAUAAGGCCGUAAAAAUGGUAAAUAAUAUCGGUUGUGAACAACAAUCAAAUGAUAUAAAUAAUAAUAUGAAUAUAGGCGGUGGUAUUGGUCAUGCUCCACCAUUUAUCCAAAGACCAUUUGCACCAUUUUCUCGUGCUAUUCAACAAUCUGGUCUUUAUACAAAUGGAUUAACUAAUGAACCAGGUUCUUUAAGUCGUUUAUCUUAUACAGAAUUGGAACAAUUACUUAUAUCAUUAACAAAUGAUUUAGAAACAGAAUUAAGAAAUUUAGCUGUUCGUUAUCGUCAUAAACGUCAACCAUUAUUAGAUGCAAUUGCAGAGAAAACAGCACAAGCAUCAAUAAAAACAACUAAUACUAUAAAUAAUGAUAUAACAUCAAAAUCUAAUCCAAUUACUCAAUGUUAAUCAUUGUUUACUUAAUUCAUUUCAUUAUUAUCUAUUUAGUUUUUAUUGCAUGGUAACCAUUGAUAACCCUAUCAUCAUUGAUUUCAAAUAUAUUUCACCCUCUUUCUUUUUUCUCUUUGUUGUUUACUUAUGAUUAUUUAUCGUUUAUUCCUCUUUUUGUCCUUCAAUGAAUUUGUGUUCAUUUACGAACGAUUGAUAGAAGAUAGGAAAUGUGUUAUUUCUUAGUUAAUUAAUUUUCAUCAUCAUUAUCAUCUCAUGCUUAGUUUAUAUUUGUUUUCUAUUGACAACUGUAUAUUAAUCUUGUAUAUUUACAUGAAUAUAUAUACUUCAAUAAAUGGCAUUUUAUUCAUUAUAGUUUA